GGGGUCGGUCUAUGAGGCGGCAAGCAGGGCGUUUGUGCAGCGGCAGGUGAUGAGGGUUGCCGAGUUCACAGCGCUGUAGACUGCGCCGCAUUAGAAGCCUGGCCUCUUGAUGCUGUGCUCUUAUCUAGACCCAAGCCCCAGGUCGUGGGACGAAUUCUCCCAUUUUUGACUCCCUAGAACUGUGUUGCCUGCUUUACCUGCGUACAUGCUGAUGCUUUCUCAUGGCAACCCCGCAGGAAACCAUCCAGAUCUCAUUUUACAGCUGGGAUUCCCUGGUUCACGGAGGUAACGGAGCUUGCCGAGGCCAGUUAAACGAGAAGAUUCAUCACCGCUUUGAUGGCUGCCUCACCAACUUCACAAACUGUUGCAUCUCACGUUCCUUUUGCAGAUUUGUGUUCAACUUUAGAACGAAUACAGAAAAGUAGAGGACGUGCAGAAAAAAUCAGACACUUCAGGGAAUUUUUAGAUUCUUGGAGAAAAUUUCAUGAUGCUCUUCAUAAGAACCAAAAAGAUGUCACAGACUCUUUUUAUCCAGCAAUGAGACUAAUUCUUCCUCAGCUAGAAAGAGAGAGAAUGGCCUAUGGAAUUAAAGAAACUAUGCUUGCUAAGCUUUAUAUUGAGUUGCUUAAUUUACCUAGAGACGGAAAAGAUGCCUUCAAACUUUUAAACUACAGAACACCCACUGGAACUCAUGGAGAUGCUGGAGACUUUGCAUUGAUUGCAUAUUUUGUGUUGAAGCCAAGAUGUUUACAGAAAGGAAGUUUAACCAUACAGCAAGUAAACGACCUUUUAGACUCAGUUGCCAGCAAUAAUUCUGCUAAAAGAAAAGACCUGGUAAAAAAGAGCCUUCUUCAACUUAUAACUCAGAGUUCAGCACUUGAGCAAAAGUGGCUUAUACGGAUGAUCAUAAAGGAUUUAAAGCUUGGUGUUAGUCAGCAAACUAUCUUUUCUGUUUUUCAUAAUGAUGCUGUUGAGUUACAUAAUGUCACUACAGAUCUGGAAAAAGUCUGUAGGCAACUGCAUGAUCCUUCUGUAGGACUCAGUGAUAUUUCUAUCACUUUAUUUUCUGCCUUUAAACCAAUGCUAGCUGCUAUUGCAGAUAUUGAGCACAUUGAGAAGGAUAUGAAACAUCAGAGUUUCUACAUAGAAACCAAGCUAGAUGGUGAACGUAUGCAAAUGCACAAAGAUGGAGAUGUAUAUAAAUAUUUCUCCCGAAAUGGAUAUAACUAUACUGAUCAGUUUGGUGCUUAUCCUACUGAAGGUUCUCUUACCCCAUUCAUUCAUAAUGCAUUCAAAACAGAUAUACAAAUCUGUAUUCUUGAUGGUGAGAUGAUGGCCUAUAAUCCUAAUACACAAACUUUCAUGCAAAAGGGAAUUAAGUUUGAUAUUAAAAGAAUGGUAGAAGAUUCUGAUCUGCAAACUUGUUAUUGUGUUUUUGAUGUAUUGAUGGUUAAUAAUAAAAAGCUAGGGCAUGAGACUCUGAGAAAGAGGUAUGAAAUUCUUAGUAGUAUUUUUACACCAAUUCCAGGUAGAAUAGAAAUAGUGCAGAAAACACAAGCUCAUACUAAGAAUGAAGUAAUUGAUGCACUGAAUGAAGCAAUAGAUAAAAGAGAAGAGGGAAUCAUGAUAAAACAACCUCUAUCCAUCUACAAGCCAGACAAAAGAGGUGAAGGGUGGUUAAAAAUUAAACCAGAGUAUGUCACUGGACUAAUGGAUGAAUUGGACAUUUUAAUUGUUGGAGGAUAUUGGGGUAAAGGAUCACGGGGUGGGAUCAUGUCUCAUUUUUUGUGUGCAGUAGCAGAGAAGCCCCCUCCUGGUGAGAAGCCAUCUGUGUUUCAUACUCUCUCUCGUGUUGGCUCUGGCUGCACCAUGAAAGAACUGUAUGAUCUGGGUUUGAAAUUGGCCAAGUAUUGGAAGCCUUUUCAUAAAAAAGCUCCACCAAGUAGCAUUUUAUGUGGAACAGAGAAGCCAGAAGUGUACAUUGAACCUUGUAAUUCUGUCAUUGUUCAGAUUAAGGCAGCAGAGAUUGUACCCAGUGAUAUGUAUAAAACUGGCUGCACCUUGCGUUUUCCACGAAUUGAGAAGAUAAGAGAUGACAAAGAAUGGCAUGAGUGCAUGACCCUGGAUGAGCUAGAACAACUUAGGGGGAAAGCAUCUGGUAAGCUCGCAUCUAAACACCUUUAUGUAGGUGGUGAUGAUGGACCACAAGAAAAAAAGCGAAAAGCUGCUCCAAAGAUGAAGAAAGUUAUUGGAAUUAUUGAGCACUUAAAAGCACCUAACCUUACUAACAUUAACAAAAUUUCUAAUAUAUUUGAAGAUGUGGAGUUUUGUGUUAUGAGUGGAACAGAUAGCCAGCCAAAGCCUGACCUGGAGAACAGAAUUGCAGAACUUGGUGGUUAUAUAGUACAAAAUCCAGGCCCAGACACGUACUGUGUAAUUGCAGGGUCUAAGAACAUCAGAGUGAAAAACAUAAUUUUGUCAGAUAAACAUGAUGUUGUCAAGCCUGCAUGGCUUUUAGAAUGUUUUAAGACCAAAAGCUUUGUGCCAUGGCAGCCUCGCUUUAUGAUUCAUAUGUGCCCAUCAACCAAAGAACAUUUUGCCCGUGAAUAUGAUUGCUAUGGUGAUAGUUAUUUCGUUGAUACAGACUUGAACCAACUGAAGGAAGUAUUCUCAGGAAUUAAAAAUUCUUACGAGCAGACCCCUGCAGAAAUGGCUUCUUUGAUUGCUGAUUUAGAAUAUCGAUAUUCCUGGGAUUGCUCUCCUCUCAGUAUGUUUCGACGCCACACUGUUUAUUUGGACUUGUAUGUUGUUAUUAAUGACCUGAGUACCAAAACUGAGGGGACAAGGUUAGCUAUUAAAGCCUUGGAGCUUCGGUUUCAUGGAGCAAAGGUAGUUUCUUGUUUAGCUGAGGGAGUGUCUCAUGUAAUCAUUGGGGAAGAUCAUAGUCGUGUUGCAGAUUUUAAAGCUUUUAGAAGAACUUUUAAGAGAAAGUUUAAAAUCCUAAAAGAAAGUUGGGUAACUGAUUCAAUAGAUAGGUGUGAAUUACAAGAAGAAAACCAGUAUUUGAUUUAAAGCUAGGUUUCCUAGUGAGGAAAGCCUCUGAUCUGGCAGACUCAUUGCAGAAGGUGGUAAUGAUAAAAUACUAAACUACAUUUUAUUUUUGUAUCUUAAAAAUCUAUGCCUAAAAAGUAUCAUUAGAUAUAGGAAAACAAUAAUUUUAACUUUUAAGAUUGAAAAGACAAUAGCCCAAAAGCAAGAAAGAAAAAUUAUCUUAAGAGUGUAGUAUUUGAUCAUUUUUUAUGAUUAAGGUGAAAUAAUUAAACAGUCUAAAGAAGAGGUGUUCUAUAAUAUCCAUAUAGAAAUAAGAAUUUUUACUUAAAGAUACUAAUAAGAUACAUUUAGAAACUUUUAAAGUCAUGAAAAGCAUUAACCUUCUCAACAGUAUAUUCUAAAAAAUCAAAACUUUAAUAAUAGUUUUUUAUCUAAUAAAAACAUUGCAAGAAAAUAGGGUAGAAUUGUUAUAAUUGGACUUGUAAAAAUAUGUCUUUUUACUCAGGGUUAAAAUGUCCCUUUUAAAUGUGAAAUGUAAACAAAUUUGUUUUUUAAGGUUAAGGCCAAAUGUAAUAAUAAAACCCUGUCAACGAUGGUUUUAGCUAAAUUAGAGGAAGUUGUAUGAGACUUAAUGAUCUCAAAACUUAAAAUUGAAUUGGUUUGAUUAAAAAUAAAGCUUGCAAUUUUAAAAGUAGCUCACAUUUAAUUUUUUGCAUUAAAUAGAACAUGCUUUAAAGGAAGUAUUUUUAUGUGAAUUUGCAUUCCAGUAUAAAUAGUAUUCACAAAACAGAGAUUUUUGUAGAUUUUAUCUAUUGAAUAGGUGUCAAUAUGGUAUGCACAUUGUAACUUUCAUUAGAAAUAAAUUGCUUUGACUUUUAAAAAUGACUUUUAUAGUUAGAUUAUUUAAAGUCAAUAUAUAUAGUAUAAUAUAUGGAUUUAUAUACCGAAUUUUGGAAUACAACCUAUCUCAUGACCAUAUUGAAAUGUAUGGAAUUUGAUCCGUGAGAUACUAUGUGUGCAUUAUUUUAAAGUAAUUAGAAAUUUUAUCCAAACUGGAACAAAUGUGUGUGAUUUUGUUAUACUUUUUAAUUUAAAUAAAAUGUUUAAUGUACUAUUA